GCAGCCCUCUCCUCAGGCCGCGCUCGCUCCCCGCUGCGGGGGACGGGUCGGGGUGUGGCGGCGCCGCCCGCCCCGCUCCGCUCCCUGCGGGUGUGAAGGAGGGGCGGGCGCAGCCCUCUCACGGAGGAGCCCGGGCCGGGCGCUCUUUCCCCCGCCUCUCUCCGCACGGCCGCCAGCUGCCGCGGCGGCGGCAUGAGGAUUAAGGCCGUCGGCGAGCGCGUAACGGGAGGAGCGGCCGGUCCCAUGGGCCGUGGGGCUCCCCGGGGCCGGCGGGGCUGAGCUGAGGUGAGCUGAGCCUCUAGGUUUGGGAACUUGGGAAAUCUGAAGCAGUUCUCCUCAAACUAAACAGAGAACUCAUAGGUUGCCAUGUUCAUGUUGCUUGCGUUUGGAUUGCUACUGCAAGAAAUUCUGGCUAAUUCCCAAGCUGAAAAUCUUACUGAAUUCAAAAACAUUCCAGAAGAGCCGUUAUAUAGCUACAAAGCGCUCAACUUGCCAGAUGAGCAUAUUCCGUACUUUCUGCACAAUAACCAGCAUAUUGCUGGCGUCUGUAAGCAGGACUCUCAUUGCCCAUAUAAAAAAUACUUGAAGAAACUAAGAUCCUGCUGGGGUUAUGAGAAAUCUUGCAAAUCAGAUUACAGAUUCAGUUACCCAGUGUGUGAUUAUGUUGAAACUGGAUGGGCAAGUGACAUUGAGACAGCUCAACAGAUAUUCUGGAAACAAGCUGACUUUGGUUACAUUCGAGAGAGGCUCAAUGAAAUGAAAACCCAUUGUAAGCCUGCAGUAACAGGAGAUUCAUCUCUGUCCUGUUCUCAGUACCUUCAGCAUUGCAGAGCAACGAACUUGUACAUUGAUUUACGAACUGUAAAGAGAAACCAUGACAGAUUCAAAGAAGACUUUUUACAGAAGGGAGAAAUUGGAGGUCAUUGCACCCUUGACGUUCAAGCGUUUUUGUCUGAAGGUCAACGCAAGAGCCCGUUGCAGUCUUGGUUUGCAGAACUCCAGACAUUUACUGCAUUAAACUUCAGACCCCUGGAAGAUGGGAAGUGUGACAUUGUUAUUGAAAAGCCAACAUACUUCAUGAAAUUAGAUGCAGGUGUUAAUAUGUACCAUCACUUCUGUGAUUUCGUCAAUCUUUAUAUUACCCAGCAUAUCAAUAAUUCCUUCAGUACUGAUGUCAACAUAGUCAUGUGGGACACUAGCUCCUAUGGCUAUGGUGAUCUGUUCAGUGAGACAUGGAAGGUAUUUACUGACUAUGAAAUAAUACACUUGAAAACCUUUGACUCUAAAAGGGUAUGCUUUAAAGAAGCAGUCUUCUCAUUACUGCCUCGAAUGCGAUAUGGCUUGUUCUAUAACACACCAUUGAUCUCUGGCUGUCACGGUACAGGGCUAUUUAGAGCAUUUUCUCAGCAUGUGUUACACAGAUUAAAUAUCACACAAGAAGGACCCAAGGAUGGGAAAAUUCGAGUCACAAUACUUGCACGCAGUACAGAUUACCGGAAAAUAUUAAACCAGAAUGAGCUUGUGAAUGCUUUGAAAACAGUAUCAACGUUGGAGGUCAAAGUGGUAGACUACAAAUACAAGGAACUUGAAUUUUCGGAGCAAUUGAGAAUUACCCACAAUUCUGAUAUAUUCAUUGGGAUGCAUGGAGCUGGGCUUACCCAUUUGCUCUUUCUACCGGACUGGGCUGUUGUUUUUGAACUAUACAAUUGUGAAGAUGAACGUUGUUACUUGGAUUUGGCAAGGUUGAGAGGCAUUCGCUACAUCACUUGGCGAAAAAGGAAUAAAGUAUUCCCUCAAGAUCAGGGACACCACCCAACACUGGGAGAACAUCCAAAAUUUACGAACUACUCCUUUGAUGUGGAAGAAUUUAUGUACUUGGUGCUUCUGGCUGCAAAUCAUGUUUCACAGCAUUCCAAGUGGCCGUUUAGGGUAAAACAUGAUGAAUUCUAAAUUAGACUUCUGACUGAAUUAUUACUUUUAAAUAAUGCUCCAUAAAAAUAUUGUAACAACAUAAAGCAAAAUGCUGGUGUGAAAUGCGUAAACCUCUACGAGGGAAAUAAUCCAUUAUUAACUUGACAAACCACUUCUUAGCACCAUACCUUAUCUUUAUAAUCCCUCUCUUUAAUUCUGGGAGUUUUUGAUAUGUAAAAACUAUUUUUCAGAACUCUUACGGUUUUUUGCACUGUAUUUUUGUAUUCCAAGUUCUGAAAUACUUGUCUAGACAAAGAUAUGUCCAUCCAUUUCACAUAGGGUUUUCUGGGGUAGAUACUAAUCUUGUAAUAAUUUAUGCCUACUAUUAUGUGAGGACGUGCUAGAGGAUGGAGAGGGUUACAGCUUCAGUAUGGUCUGGGAUGACCUAGACCUGUCAGAGCUUCUUGGUUCCCCUUUUUUAAGAAGCUGGAUGCUUUUAUACUAUAGUCCUGUACCUGUAAGUAAAAGUCUGAACAGGAAUCGCCUUCUUAUUGUAAGGCACUGCCCAGUGUGUCAUUUGCAGUCGAGUUACAUGAUGCAGUGGUGCUGGGAUGGCCGGUUAUUUCCUUUCCAUCACCACCCAUGUCAUUGCUGUGCUUGUCCCUCUGUUCUUCCUAGGUUUGAAAAUCUUUCUUUGUAAAAUAGUGGUCGUAAGAACGAAGUGGUUAAGGAAGCUUUAACUUCUGUCGUUUGAUUCAACAGACACUGCAAACUUAUAUCUCGAGUUAAAAACAUUUUCAAGUUGGAGAGCAGAGUCUCAUGAUUGUGCACGUAAACAUAAACUUUGACUCUUCUUGUAGUUUUAAAUGCUAAAAUGUAACGGGUCUGCUCAGUAGGUUUAGUUCAGUCUUCUAUCUCAAAGCAGGUAAAUCUUUUCCUAAGUGAAUACUUAAAACUUCAGGUAAUUUGUGCAUUUCCUACUUUUUCACAUAAACCAGCGUUCUGCAAUGGAACAACUCAGCAAAAUGGAAUAAAACGAAUCUUUUUAAGGAUGCUAAAGGGAAUGGACUUUAGUUUUUCAUGACAAAUUAAAAAAUACACAUCUUAUGAUAAGAUAUACAGGGUGUCUUUCAGCUGGAGCCGAAAGGAAAUGACGUCACGAGGAACCUUGGUUUCGGAGGCAUUAAAAGCCUCGCCUGUUCAUAUUCUUGUUUUCUCAAAAUGUGGAAGAAUCAAUCUAGAAAACUUCUGAAAAUCCCUCCAAAGCCAGUAGUGUAAUUCACUGUUUUCAGUGAAGGAAAUACUAAGCCAAAGCAGAGUUCUUUAUGAAAUUUUCCCCAGAGCUGAUACGUUGAUGCUGGUGGGGGGGAAAAAAAGGGAGUAGUUCUGUUGUUUUAAAUGGAGCCAGAGGCCAGAGGGAUGUGUGGAAGAAUCACGUUCAGUGAGAUAAAAACCAGAAUUCUAUGUUAAAUUAUGGAUUUUUUUUGAGAAUGUAUUCCCAUGAUAGACUUGCAGUACAAUCAUAAGGUCUCAGUGGCUUGGAGCAGAGCACACAGUUGUAUGCAAAAGUAAGACGGUUACAGUAAAUGUAAACAUUUCACUGGUGUAAUUGUAGAUAUUAUUGACUUCCAUUCUCCAACAGUCAUAGGCAAUUUCACAGAGUGUAGGUACAUUUACUGACCUGCCUAUACUGGUAAAGAUGAGUUACUGUAAGCAUAAUUUUCAUAUAGAUCUCUCACGACCUUAACCAGUGCAUAGGAGAAGCGAGAUACAGCUGAUACAUGAGAUAUAUUAAGGUAUCUGGUGCAAUUCUUGGUGUAGUGUAUUGUUUUACUGAUGGAUGAAACUGUUUUACUUUAAAGAAUCGUAGAAGCGAAAUUGCACUUCUUGACAUGGGGGAAAAAAAGAAAAAAAAAAAGCGCCUUUGAAAAAUACAGUUUCCUGUAUAUGUGGUGUAUGUGUGGGUUUUUUUUUUACCUUGUGGGAUUUUUAAAGAAAAAAAAUGUAUAAAACGUUAAGUCAGUAAAAUGUCUGAGUUCAAAUGCAACCAACUCAAAAUAAAGAAGACAUUUAACUAUGAACUGUGCACAGAUAUCUGAUAAUUUUUUUUAAUAA